CAGAGUUCCGUUUCUAGCAUUUUCUACACACGGACGACAAGAGCAGGAGCACUGCGAGGGCCAGCAGCUGCCAGAGGCUUCUAGAAACAACGUGCACCGGGACAGUCACCGGCAACAAACCUGCCAUCCGCUCACAGCUCUAGACGUCAAAUAUUUCGGAUAAAAAUGGCUAAAUGGGGAGAAGGGGACCCUCGUUGGAUCGUAGAAGAGAGAGCCGACGCGACUAAUGUCAACAACUGGCACUGGACUGAACGAGAUGCAACAAACUGGUCGUCAGACAAAUUAAAAUCCCUCCUCCUCGGUUUGAGCGUGGAGAACGAAGAGGGGAGCUGUGAGGUGACAGAAGUUGGCAAGGUGGAAGGAGAGGCCUCCAUUAACAACCGCAAAGGGAAACUCAUCUUCUUUUAUGAAUGGAACCUGAAAGCUACUUGGACUGGAGUGUCAAAAGCAGGAGUCAAGUAUACAGGAUCAAUUGAAGUCCCAAACCUUUCGGACGAGAACGACAUGGAGGAUCUUGAUAUCUCUGUGUCGUUGAAUAAAGAUGAACCGGAAACACCCCUGACCAAGCUGAUGAAGACAAAAGGAGCUGACACAAUUCGCCAGGUCCUGGGAAGCUACGUUGGUUACUUGAAAACAGAGUUCACACAGGGAAUGAUCCUUCCUACAGCCAACGGUAUGGCCAAGACAACAACGUCCCAGUCCAAAGCCAAGCUGAAUAAAACUCAGAUUUCCUCCUCAGGCUGCACAGUUGCUCCAGUCAACACCGGCGUCAAGAUCCCCACCUGCAAGUUCAGCAUGAGGGAAAAGUUCCUCACCUCCCCGGCUGAUCUCUACAGGGUCUUCCUCAACCAGGAUAUGGUUCAGGCGUUCACACACGCUCCUGCCUCGGUGGACGGAGAGAGAGGCGGAAAGUUUCGUCUGCUAGAUGGAAAUGUUUUCGGUGAAUUCACAGAGCUGGUUCCUGAUGAGAAAAUAGUUAUGAAGUGGAGGUAUAACAACUGGCCUGCUGAGCAUUACUCGACGAUCUCCAUGACGUUCAUGGACCGCAACAGCGAGACGGAGCUGAAGGUGGAUUGUCGAGGCGUCCCGGACAACGAGGAGGACCGGACGAAAGAGGGCUGGAAGAGAUACUACUUUGAAGCUAUUAAACAGACUUUUGGCUACGGAUCGCGACUCUACUGAAGAAGUUUUACUCUAGUCUACGGUUUUGUUCUUUUUCUGUUCUAUGAUCUCUCUGGCACAAGAUUACCCAUUGUAAACUCAAAGCACGAGUUAAUGAGAAGAGAUAACGAAGUGAGGCUCUUCUGUCACCCGUUUGUGUAAAUGUUUUCAUUUCUUUCAAUGUAUUUAAGACUAGAUUUCUCUCGGUCAGUUUAGAGGAGAGGGAUUAAUGGACUGAUCCUUUGAGACUCUGGAUUGAAUCAAGCAAAAGAAGAAUCUAUUGAACCACUAAUGCAAAUUGGCCUCCACUUCUAUAAAUAUGUAAUUACUGCAAGAGUUAAUAAAUGUUUGGUUUUUCUUUUACGGAAAGAAAUUAUGCUUUUUUUAAAAACGUAUUUUACUCUUCAUGUGUAACUGUAGUGAAGAUGCAUGUUUUAUUUCAAAAAGCCAGACGGAAGAAUGACUACUGGAUCUGAAUUUACUGAAGUGUGUCUCUUAGCGCUAAGCAGUACUUUACCGUUUAGGUAUUUCAUCGAAACUUCACCACAGGAUCAGCUGGGAGCUGAAGCAAAAUGUUAGAAAGUGUUACAAUUUGAAAUCAGUUUCCUCUCUUCAUGCAGCUAGCAGUGCAACUCAAGAGAAUUGCUUUUAUUUGGCUUUAAAAAUGUACAUUUCCAGUAAAGUUUUCAGAACG